AUGGCCUUUGACCCUGUCAAGGGCCGAUACCUCAAAGUGGACUCGGUCACAAACUCGUACGUCGACUGUGACAUGCCUCACGACCCGAUCGAGUACCCCUUGGUGGUCAACACUGGCGCGUCGCUGGUGGGACAAACCGAUGAGGACUUGAACGCCCCGGAUCGACCACGAAGUAUGUUACUCAAGGAGCUGGUGAAGACGGGGGCUGCAAUGAAAACCCCUUUGUUCUUCCUGGACCAGCCGGCCGCCUGCUUUGCGCUCUUCGACGGCGUGAGAGGCGGAGCGGCGGUGGAGUGGUGCUCCAAGCACUUCCACACCAAGCUUCUUCCACAGCUCAGCGCCUCCAUCACCAGCUGGCACGACCCGGACCUUAGGGAUCUCUUCCAAUCGAUCUUGGCAGAGCUUGAUGUUCAACUGGUGCAGCAGGCAGGCUGCUGCUGGGAAGGCGUUUCCGUGUCCAUUGCGCUCCUGCUUGGGGAUCGCUUGGUUGUGGCAAGCCUGGGAGGCACCCAUGCCCUGGUCAUCGGCCCCAACGGCAGCUGGAGGGCCCUGGAUGGACGCCAUAGUCCCGUCAGCGCCGAAGAGCAGAAGAGGAUCAAGGCCGUCGGUGCCGAGAUCGAGGGUGAGGCUUCCGGCUGCGGUGUCGUGCAGGCACCCUUUGUCCACAAGAGCCUGAGACCCAGGGAGUGGCAGAUCCAAGAAGAAACCACGGCUGAAGAGGAGGUGCGACGAGUUCUGGAAGCGUCCCCAGACGUCUUCGCCACACUGGGGCUGAGCCCCGAGGACACUGUGGAUGGCAAGGCCGCCCGAAGUAGCUACAAAAAGCUGGCCUUGAAGGUCCAUCCAGACAAGGCACCCGAAGAGCUGAAGGUGAAGCGCGGAACUGGCAAAGGGGAACUGCCAGUCAGGGCCAAGGAAGCUUUUGACAAGGUGGAAAAGGCCGCAGCAGCCGUUGAGGCCACUGCGGUCACGGUCCUGGGUGCUGAAGACGACGUGACGCCAGAAGAGGAACUGCGUGAGCAGAUCACGAAGCUCGGGAUGCUGACGGAUGGAAAUUACGGGCAUCCUGACCAGGCCGAAGCGGUUCGGAUGAUUGAGGAGGCGGCCGAAGCGAUAGCAGCUGGGGGAGCCAAGUGA